AUGAGUUCUCAAGGGGUGGCUGGAUCAUCUUCUUAUUGCAAGGAGAUGAAGACUGCACAGAAACCUGUGCAAGAACUCAGUCCUUUUGCCGUUGUUGGUGAAACCAACACCACUUCCACCAAUCUAAGUCUGAUCGGUAGCUCUAAUGCACCUCCAGACAAGUUAAACUUGUCAGGAGCGAUGGCAGGUACUGAUGUACCUGUCGCAAUUGCUGCCAAUCUGGAUAAGUGUCAUGCAACAGCCUGUCAAGAGGCUGAUGAAUCUGCAUCUUCCCAAGGGCUUUCUGAAGCCUUGAGAGAGAUUAGGGCAGAUUUCAGUGCUCUUAGGGCUUGCAUUAUGCAGGCAGUUGUCUUUGCAAGCCAGCGCACGAAAGCACUUUGUCAGGGAGUCAAACUAAGGUUCUUGAGCGUAUGGAGGGAUCACUCAACACCACAGUCUUUGUGGCACAGAAGAGGGGUCCAACAACUGAAAAUAGCUGAUGGAUGGUGGCAAUGGAAAAAGGAAGAAUGCUAA